CUAUUCUUUUUUAUUUUACAUACAUACAUACAUAUAUAUAUAUAUAUAUAUAUAUUCUCGUUUCAGUCUGAUCAUAUCACGGCCUUUUUGGUUCGAAACCGAAAGGUCAAAGUGCGUUUUCUUUCUUUGCUUUUCAUUGCAUGUACUCAGACCAACCUUUCUCGGCCCUUUCUACAGUGUUUGUUCCUCGCCUGGAUUUAUUUUAUUUUAUUUUAAUUUCCUAUACAAAAUAAUUCCACUCCCAAUUUUUCCUUUUCUUGUUUAUUGGCUUCAAGAUGGUCAUCAUUGGAUUUGGAUUCUAAUCUUCUGAUUAUAUUUUGAAUUCCUUUCAUUUUGUACGCCUUUCGCUUUCUCAAAGGGUUACUCUUUUUGGUCCCUAACCCCUUAACUUCGACAUUAAGGUUUAGAGUUCGAAUCCCGCCAAUUCGACCAUAGUUGGCAGCCAUCCAUGGCUGCUGACACAACAGCCCCAAGUUACUGGUUGAACUGGAGGUUUUUCUUCUGUGCUAUAUGGAUCUUCACCACUAUGGUAGUCUCAGCUUUCUUGAUAUGGAAAUAUGAAGUUCUGCCUUUCAAGAGUUCAAGACCUGUGAGGAGAGAAGAGCAAUCAGCAAGUUCUGGGCACGAGAAUGAUGAAGCCUGGAAGACAUGUCUGGAGGGAAUAAAACAUCCUGCUUGGCUGCUUGCUUACAGAAUCAUCGCUUUCGGUGCCCUUUUGUCAGUGCUCAUUGCCAAUGUUGUUGUGGAUGGAGGUGACAUCUUCUUCUUUUAUACCCAGUGGACCUUUGCUUUGGUCACAGUCUAUUUUGCGCUUGGAUCUUUCUUUUCCAUUUAUGGCUGUCAUAUAUAUCACAGUAGAUUUAGUAGUGAUGCAAAAAUCAGAUUGGACGCAGAGCAAGGAACUUGCGGAGCUCAUAUCCUUGAGGAGAGUUCAGAGACAUCGAAUUUGCCAAAAAAUUGGGAUGCUCAUGAAGAGCAUCAUACUUGGAAAACUUCAGGUGUAUGGAUCAAGAUCUUCCAAAUUGUUUUCCAGGUCUCUGCUGGUGCUGUGGUGCUCACUGACUGCGUAUUUUGGUUCAUUAUUUAUCCAUUUUUAACAUCCAAAGAUUACAGACUCGAUUUUCUGACUGUGAGCAUGCACUCAAUGAAUGUUUUUUUCCUACUCGGUGACACAAUAUUGAAUUGCUUGCGGUUUCCGUUGUUUCGGUUUGCAUACUUCAUGUUGUGGACAGCAAUAUUCGUGAUCAUUCAAUGGAUCAUCCAUGCUUGUGUUUCGAUGAGGUGGCCCUAUUCAUUCCUUGACUUAUCAUCCUCAUAUGCUCCUUUAUGGUACAUUGGAGUGGCAGCGAUGCACAUUCCGUGCUAUGGAAGUUUUGCUCUCAUUAGUAGGAUUAAGAACGUUUUGUUAUCAAGAUCGGUCCCGGAAUCUUAUUAGAGUACCACUCCAAAUUCAGUGCUUUGUGUGAGCAGGAGGGCCAUUCCCACAAAAGCCAUACUUUCUUUCAUGUGAACUCACAUUUGUUCUCUUUAGUUGUGUUUUUUGGCCUUACAGAGAUGGGAAUGGAGACGAUUAAUAGCUGACUCAAACAGAACUCGUUCUGACGGUUCGACU